GAAGGGCUGGCCUGGGCCGCCGCCCCUGAGCGCCUGCGAACGCCGGGGCACGCGCGGGAACACGCGGUUGUUUGUCUGAAGAAUAUGGCUGUCACUUACUGGGGUCCUGUAUUCUGGUUGUGUUCUUGUUGACCCUCAAAAUUCCAGAUGGUGACUCUGAAACAGCAGUCAAGUUCCCUCAAAACCAAGGAAAUAAUUAGUCUGAUCAUGAAAACACCAAUGAACUGAACUGAGAAUGAAGAGGAACAAUUUAUCUGUGGUGAAUGAAAUUGUCCAGUCAUCACCAGCAGUGAAACAAUCAAAACUUGGAUUCAAUUCUUCUCUCAACCAGACUCAUGUGUGCUCUCUUCUUCUGGACUGGGGAAGUUUACCUCAUCAUGUAGUCUUACACAUUUUUCAGUAUCUUCCUUUAAUUGAUCGGGCCCGGGCAUCUUCUGUAUGUAGGACAUGGAAUAAAGUUUUUCAUAUUCCGGAUCUUUGGAGAAAGUUCGAAUUUGAACUGAACCAAUCAACUACUUCCUAUUUUAAAUCCACUCAUCCUGAUCUCAUUCAGCAGAUCAUUAAAAAACAUUCCGCCCAUCUCCAGUAUGUCAGCAUUAAGGUUGAUAGUAGUACUGAAUCAGCAGAAGCUGCCUGUGAUAUACUUUCUCAGCUGGUAAAUUGUUCUAUCCAGACCUUGGGCUUGAUUUCAACAGCCAAGCCAAGUUUUAUGAAUAUGUUAAAGUCUCAUUUUGUGUCAGCACUUAGAGUUGUUUUUGACAACUCAAAGUCAUUAUCAUCAGUCAAAAUUGAAGACACACCAGUGGAUGAUCUUUCAUUGAAAAUUCUUGUGGCAAAUAAUAGUGACACUCUCCGACUCCUAAAAAUGAGUAGCUGUCCUCAUGUUUCAUCUGAUGGAAUCCUUUGUGUAGCUGAUCAUUGUCAAGGCCUUAGAGAACUGACAUUGAAUUACUACAUUUUAAGUGAUGAACUUCUCCUAGCACUUUCAAGUAAGACUCACGUUAACCUUGAACAUCUUCGAAUUGAUGUUGUGAAUGAAAACCCUGGACAAAUUGAAUUUCAUACUAUUCACAAACAAAGUUGGGAUGCACUUGUUAAACAUUCUCCUGGAGUUAAUAUUGUUAUGUACUUCUUUUUAUUAGAAGAGGAAUUUGAAACAUUCUUCAAAGAAGAAACUCCUGUCACUCACCUUUAUUUUGGUCGUUCAAUAAGCAAAGCAAUCCUAGGGAGGAUAGGUCUUAACUGUCCACGACUAAUAGAGUUGGUAAUAUCUGCUAAUGGUCUUCAAAUUCUUGAUAAUGAACUUAUUUGUAUUGCUGAACACUGUAAAAAGUUAACAGCUUUGGGCCUCAGUGAAUGUGAAGUUAGCUGCAGUGCAUUCAUUGAGUUUGUAAGGCUAUGUGGGAGAAGGCUGACCCAUCUUUCUAUAAUGGAGGAAGUUUUGAUCCCUGAUGAUGAGUAUAGCUUAGAUGAAAUCCACACUGAAGUCUCCAAAUACCUGGGGAGAAUGUGGUUCCCGGAUGUCAUGCCUGUCUGGUAGCUCUGGUAAUCUACCAAAGAUUCUUAACUUUUUUUCAGUCAGUAAGAAUAGCUUCUUUCUCUCUAUGCAAAUGUAAAGCUGCAUUGCUGAAAUACAUUAGGUAAAAUUAUUUUAUUGUUUGCAAACCAUCUUAAUGAAUUUUAGCAAAAACAUUUGAAAGAAAUAGAAGAAAUUUGAAUAGCCAGAUAUCUUUGUAAAUAGUGCAUAAACACUGUAUUAUGGAUUGGAUUCUUGAUAUGCUAAAAACUUCAGAAGGUUUCUAGAUAAGUUCCUCAACCUUCCUUGAAGGCAUAUCUUGCUGCAUAAAUUUAUAAUAUUGAACUUCUGAUGCCUUAAAUUGUCAUUUACAACUUUAUAUUGUUUUAUUGCUUCUGUUUCAUCUUGGUAUGAAUAUAUUCUACAAAAUAUGUAGUACUUAAAACUAAACAAAAUCAAAUACAAAAUGAGUCUCACUUAGUUGUACUUAAUUUUUAACAAUAUCCAAGAUAAUAUUAUGAUUCAAUAAACAACUUCUACUUUCCACUGCAAUUUGAAUUUUACUUUAUUAACUUGGGAGAAGAUGGACAUUAAAUUAAAAUUAAAUAAUGCUAAUUCAUUUUAU